AUGAUUCCAAUAGAAAACAUAAUCUUUGAUGAAUUACAUGCUCUCUUACGAAUUACUGAUAGACUCUGGGAAUUGAUGCUUGCAGAAAUCCAAGAAAAUGGUUUGUUUAAUGAUCUGACACGAAGUGUUAUUUUGGGUGAAAUGCAAAGAUUAAAAGUGUCUUUUCACUUCUGGGAAGAUGAAAAAUCUCACGUUUGGAAAUAUACAUCUCUUAUGGGAGAUGACAAAAAAACUGUUUUGCAGUUUUUUAAUUUAAAAUUACUCUUCAAACCUUCUCGUGCAGAAUUAAUUCGUAAGCUUUGGGAUGGAUUUUAUGAAUUGUAUUGUGCCCUCCGAAAUAAAAAUACAGAUCCAGCACAAUUAAAGCAGCAAUCUCUUGAGUGGUUAUCUCUGUUUCUCACUCCAUCACAAGGAAAUCCUUCUCGUCCAAAAAUAUAUGUUCGAGGAUUAUAUAUGCCAAAUCAGAUAACCCCUUAUAUGCAUGCAUUGGUUUAUCACGGGUGGGAACUUUUAGAAAAGCAUAAAAGAUGGGGUUUUAAAGCAUUUUCUUGUUCUGCUGUUGAGAAAAAGAACCAUAAUCAAGUCUCUACUUUUUUUCGUAAAACACUCAAAAAUGGUGGUGAUUUGCUUAAACGAAAAUCCGCAAUACAGGAGAUAAUAGAAUAUGAAAAUAGAUCACUUUAUUUUAAUUACAAUGUAUUAUCCAAAUCUCCAAAAGUUAAGAGAAUUCGCAUUAAAUAA